GUUAGGUUAUGUUCGUGGCGUACGCGCAGUUAGGACGUUGAAGUAAAAACUCUUCAAAAAUUAUUAAUUUUAUCACGUCAUUUAGUGUCAUUAUUAUUUUUAUUCAUUAAAUAAGUUGAAUUAAAAAUCAUUUAAAACAAUGGAUGACGAAGCAGAGACUUACAAAUUAUGGAGAAUCCGAAAAACAGUGAUGCAACUUUGUCACGAUAGAGGUUAUCUUGUUACUCAGGAUGAAUUGGAUCAAACUUUAGAUCAAUUUAAAGAACAAUUUGGUGAUAAACCAAGUGAAAAAAGACCGUCUCGAAGCGAUUUAAUUGUUCUUGUUGCUCACAAUGAUGAUCCAACAGAUCAAUUGUUUGUAUUUUUCCCAGAAGAACCAAAAAUUGGAAUCAAAACUAUCAAGACUUAUUGUCAAAGAAUGCAGGACGAAAAAAUUCACAGAGCAAUUAUUGUCGUUCAACAAGGAAUGACACCAUCUGCAAAACAAUCAUUAGUUGAUAUGGCUCCAAAAUAUAUUUUGGAAAAUUUUCUAGAAUCAGAACUUUUAAUUAAUAUUACCGAGCAUGAAUUGGUUCCUGAACACAUUGUCUUGACACCUGACGAGAAGGAGGAACUUUUGAGUAGAUAUAAAUUGAAAGAAAAUCAAUUGAUGCGAAUUCAAGCCAGUGAUCCUGUUGCCCGAUAUUUUGGCCUUAAACGUGGACAAGUUGUCAAGAUUAUUCGACCAUCAGAAACUGCAGGACGUUAUAUUUCGUAUAGGCUAGUUUGUUAAUAUAUAUAUAUAUUUUUAUUUAUCCCAUUUUUAAUUUUGAUAAAUACAUAAUAUAAAUGUUAAGUACUUUAAUGUGAAUAAAAAUACAUUUUUCAUUAUA